AUGAUAAUUUUAAACUUUAAAAUUAAUCAGGGGUAUCUUUCAUGCAUCCGUAACCCUAACGCCUUCCCUGACUCACUCACUAACUCACUAGAACACCACCGCCGUGUCACCACCGCCGUCGCAACUGCUCGGAGCCGCCUUCCCUGUUACGCUCUAUUCCAGUAUCCGCCACUGCUCAAAGCCGCCGUCUCCACUGCAAAUCAUCUCGCAUCGUUCGUCCGUCGAGCAGCCGAUGUUCCGCCGCGUUGGCUCUGUUCAACCACGCUCCAGCCCUUCUCUGCUUCAGUUCGGCCACGCUCAACCCUCCUCUGCUCCAUUCCUGCCACGCUCCUCCUUCCUCUGCUCCAGUUCCGUCGCGCACCACCGCCCUCGGCCCCAGUUCCGCAGCGGUCCGGGCCACCUCUUCUCCAGUUCUGCCGCGUCCAGCCUUACGGUGCUCCCUCACCUCUAUGCUCUAGAAGAUGCACAAAUCAAGUUCGAUCAGGUGAAGUCAGAACAAGAAUAAUGAAUCUGUUUCUGAAGAAAUGGAACCUGUUCAGCACCUGUUCUUGGGUGGUUCAGAGGGCUAUGCUGCACAACUCUCAAGCUCCAAGCGAUCACCUUUUCCUUCGAAUAUCGAGAGCCGGACACCCCAACACUCCCAUGAACCAUAUUCUGGAUCAAUGGGUCCAAGAGGGCGGACACGUCAGGCAUUCCGAGCUCCAGUUCUUCAUCAAGCAGCUUAGGUCUCAUCGUCGCUUCAACCAUGCCCUUCAGGUAUUAGAAUGGAUGGGUGAUGAAAGGAAACAUCAUUUGACAUCUGGAGACAUAGCUGUACGUCUUGACUUGAUAGCAAAAGUUCAUGGCUUAGUUCCAGCAGAGAAAUACUUUAAUAGCCUUUCAGAUUCUGUAAAAGAUUUCAAGGUCUAUGGUGCUCUUUUGAACUGCUAUGCACAACAUAACUCUGUGGAGAAAGCAGAGGCUACCAUGCAGAAACUAAAAGAGUAUGCUUGUAAGCAUACAAUAAGUUUGGUAUUGAGUUAUAAUGCUCUGUUAAAGCUCUAUGUUCGAGUAAGUGAAUUUGAGAAAUUUGACAAUUUGAUGAGAGAAAUGUUAUCCAAGGACAUGUAUGACUCUGUGUCGCUUAAUACUCGGCUGGAUGCGUAUGCGGCCAUUAAGGACAUAGAUGGGAUGGAGAGCUUACUAUUGCGGAUGGAAGCUGAUUCUAAGGCAACUAUUGAUUGGAUAACAUACUCUAUUGCAGCAAAGGCUUAUAUUCAGGCUGGCCAACAUGAGAAAGCAUAUGCAAUGCUGAGGAAAUCGGAGGACCUCAUUGAACCCAAGAGGAGGAGGGCUGCCUAUGAAUCUCUUCUAACUAUGUACGGCUCCAUGGGAAAAAAGGACGAUGUUUAUCGUAUUUGGGAUAUGUGCAAAAGGUUAAACAGACCCUGCAACACGAAUUACAUCUGUAUGCUGACCGCAUUAGCUAGGCUUAAUGAUGUUGAUGGAGCUGAGAGGAUUUUUGAGGAAUGGGAGUUUGGAAAUACAUGCUUCGACAUCAGGAUUCCGAAUGUGAUGAUGAGUGCAUAUUGUAAGAAUGGUCUGGUGGAAAAAGCUGAAGCAUUUGUUGAUAGGCUUUCAAAGAGUUGCAAUGAAUUAGGCGGUAGUAUAUGGGAUCGAUUAGCAAAUGGCUAUUACAGGAACAAUGAUAUGGAUAAUGCUAUUCAAACAAUGAAGAAAGCGAUUUUGGCAGGUCAACCUGGAUCAACAUGGAAGCCCUAUCGAUUUACUUUGGCUACAUGUAUUGAUUACCUUAAGGACAAGGGAGAUUUGGAGGGGGCAUCAGAGAUUCUUAGGCUAUGUCUUGAACGAGAAUAUUUUUCUACUGUUAUACAUGAUAGAUUAUCAAGCUAUGUGCAUGGAAAAACCCCAGAAACAAAGGCCAUAAAUCUGAUGGAAGAAUAUUAUCAUUCAAAGAAUGAACUUUUUCCAGAUGGAGAGAAGCAACAUGAAAUUCAACUCCAUGAAUAGAUCAGCUGUAUUACAUGAAAUUUCCCCUUUCUUCUGGAAAGCUCAAAUAAUUGAUAUAUAUUUAAUUAUUUUAAUCAAUGAUUACCAUUGGAUUUUUAAGUAUCUUAAUCCUUUUUA